AUGGAUUCGGAAAUAAAUAUGAAAGGAAUGAACCACAACCCAUCUGUCCCACUGUCGGAAAACGGCAUUGAAACUGUUAAUAGUUGUGGAGGGCGUCAUUGGUCGGCACAGUUGUUGUUUUGCUCUGUUUCUGGCUCUGUUUCUGUGUCGGAACUGAAUUCAAUCAUGAAUGGGGACACAAGAGAAAUUUGCAUUUCCCUCCCACCCCAAGUCAAUUCAAAUGGUGUGUGGGCGACGAAUGCCAGUUUACAUCUGACAAACUUUUCCAUGCCACUUCUGGAAGUGCAGAUGCUUACCAUUUUCAGCACCACCCAAGUUUUCCAUUUUGUUCUCAAUAGAUUUGGGGUGCCCAAGAUUGUCUCUGAAUUGUUGGCAGGCCUAGUAUUGGGUCCUCAGUUACUUGGGAGCAUAGACACUUAUCGUGAAUACUUGUUCCCCGUUUUAAGCCAAGACCUUAUUGGUAUCCUAGCUUCGUUAGGCUACACACUCUUCCUAUUUCUAGGUGGAGUGAAAAUGGACUUGAGCAUGAUAUUUAGAACAGGAAGGAAGGCCAUGUGUAUUGGUGCUUUGACCCUGUUAGUGCCUUUCCUACUUGCUAUGGGAAUGCAAAAGGUCCUCAGCGAUCUUUAUGCUCUAAAUAGCGUAGAGAGACUGAAAAUCAUCAUGGCAGCGGCGAUACAAGCUUCGACUCCGUUUCCGGUCAUUGCUUGCCUUCUAAGUGACCUCAAUAUUAUAAAUUCUGAACUUGGUAGACUUGGACUAUCUACGGCAGUGGUUUGUGACCUGCUAAGCGGGUUUCUUGUUUAUGGUUUCUCAUUGGCCAAAAUUGCCUAUUUUGACAAAUAUAGGGCUUUGAAGGAUAUUGGGAUGGUUGUAGGGUAUGUCAUAGUUGUCGUAUUUAUUGCCCGGCCGACUAUGUUUUGGAUGGUGAGACAAACCCCUGAAGGCAGGCCUGUGAAGGACCUCUAUAUUUUUAGCAUUAUUAUAGUAGUGUUGAGUGUUGCUUUGGCAUCUAAUCAGUUUGACUUGUCGGUGGUGUUUGGGCCUUUCAUUUUGGGUUUGGCCGUACCAGACGGACCGCCACUGGGAUCAACUCUAGUCCAAAAGCUGGAUUGCAUGGUCUCCGGGGUGCUUUUACCACUCUUUGUAACCAUAACCAUGAUGAAGGCAAAUCUAUCAGACAUCAACUUUAAUGGCGAUCAGUUGGUAAUGCCCAAUUUAAUCAUUACAAUUAUCAUUGUCAUUGCCAAGUUUGGAGCCUGUAUGGGGCCUGCACUGUAUUGCAAGAUGCCAAUCAAGGAUGCAACCACACUAGCUCUCAUUAUGAGUUGUAAAGGCGUUUGUGAAAUGGCCUACUAUAGCAUUUACAGAGCCAACAAGAACAUAACCUCGGAGAUUUUCUCUGUUGCAAUGUACACAAUUCUUGUAAUUGCCAUCAUUGUGCCAAUUCUGAUCUCGCGCUUAUACGAUCCUUCAAGAAAAUAUGCUGGUUAUCAGAGAAGAAACUUAGUUGAUCAGAAACCAAAUACAGAGCUAAAGAUACUUGCUUGCAUCCAAAGACCAGAACACAUACCUGCCAUCAUCAACCUACUUGAGAAUGUAUCACCAACAAGGGAAAGCCCCCUUGUUGUUUAUGCUCUUCACCUCAUUGAGCUAGUUGGUAGAGCCUCCCCGGUUUUCAUUUCCCACCAAAUGCAGAAGAAAACUCUUUCAAACCGCUCCUACUCUGAAGAUGUCAUUCUUUCAUUCACUCAUUUUCAGCGAAAUAAUCCUGAUAGUGUAACUGUGAAUGCCUUCACAGCCAUCUCCCCAUCCAAGCUAAUGUAUGAGGACAUCUGCAUGCUUGCAUUGGACAAAGUUACAUCUCUUAUAGUCCUCCCAUUCCAUCGAAAAUACUCCAUUGAUGGGUCUAUUGAAUUGGAAGACAAUACGCUAAGGAUCCUAAAUUGUAGUGUCAUUGAGAGAGCACCUUGCUCUGUGGCAAUCCUUGUUAACCGCGGCCAGUUAAAGCGCUCAACAACUGCCACGCUAGAGUCGUAUAACGUUGCCAUGGUCUUCUUGGGAGGCCGUGAUGAUAGAGAGGCAGUGACUUUGGCUAAACGCAUGGCGAAGGACUCUAACAUUUGUCUAACUGUGAUACGGUUGAUUCCUGAGGGUGAAGAAGGCAUUACUGAUUGGGAUAAAAUGCUGGACUCAGAGGUACUCAAGGACCUCAAGUAUAGCACUUCUACAGGUGAAGAAUAUGUAGUUUACAUCGAGGAGAUGGUAAGUGAUGGACCCGAGACCGCAAUGAAAUUGAGAGAAAUAGUAGAUGACUAUGACCUUUUCAUAGUUGGAAGAAGAUACAACGUGGAGAGCCCUCUUACAACUGGUUUCGAUGAAUGGAGUGAAUUCCCAGAGCUAGGGGUUUUGGGAGACAUGCUUGCCUCAACAGAUUUCAAUGGCAGAUGUUCAGUCUUGGUGGUGCAACAACAAAUGACAGUGUAGCAGGCAGGAAAAAAAAAAAGUGAAUAUAACUAUUUUGCAAACAUAUAAAUGUAGAUAGUUAACCUCUUUCUCCAUUUUUCCACUCCCCCAUGUUUGCAUAGCCAGGUUUUUGAAUCUAACAAACCUAAUGAACAAAGCUAAAAUGAAUGAUGGUUAGGUGAUCCAAGGCUAGAGCUUCUCAAAUCCCUAGCAAAAAGCACCUUCAUAC